UGUACGUCUGUCACUUUGACGUUUAAAUAACUCAUUAUUUUUUUAAAGUUUAUUAUUUUUCCAAUUGUUUUUAUUUUAAAUCUUAGAAAAAAAAUUAAAAACAAACCAAAAAACAAAUAAAGUGUUAAAAACUCAAUCAAGUAUCUCAUUUAGGUUUUUUAACUUAUAUAAAUAAAUAAAUCGUGAAAACGUCACAAUGUUAUCAGAUUUUGCAAAAGAAAAGGUGUUUUGGACUAGAAAGAUGAACUUAAAAUUAGUUAAAUUCAUAGAAAGUAAACCGAACAUUUGGAAUCCUAAACACCCUAAAUACACAUCAGUAAAAAGCAGAGACCAAACAUACGCAGAGUUUGCGCGUAAAUACGGCAAUGAAUUUACCGGUCAAGCAGUAAAAGACCGAUGGACAAAUAUAAGAUCUACCUAUGCGAAUUACUUACGAAAAUUGAAUGCUAGUCGUGCAAAAGGCGAUGGUGAAGAAUACACAGUCAAUUGGCACCUAUGGGAAGCAUGUCAAUUUCUAACAAAGGUUAACAAAAGAUUGAAAAAUGAUUCAGCAGCUAUGGAACUAAAUUCUGAAGAAAUUGAAGAACAAGAAGUAAGCAACAUUAAUGAUAUUCCAGUAGAACAAAAAGAAGACUGGAGUAGUGAUGACUAUCAGGAUAUCAGUAACAACCAAAAUAUAAAAUGUAAAAGCAUAAUAGAUAAUUUAAUAAAAGUAUUCAAAGGUGUACAAAAUGAUGCAUUUGGAUUGGAUAAUACAAAACAUGGCCAUGUAGGGCGUAUAGUAACUAAGAAAUUAUCCGAGAUGAACUCAUAUGAUGCAGCCAUGGUGUCACAGAAAAUAAUGGAUAUAUUACUACUAUAUAAUGAAAAUAAUCCUCAAAAUCCUAAUAACAUAACAUAAUUUUUAUUAGAAUGCUACUAAAUACUUCUUAAUAUAAAUUUAUAUUAUUUA